AUGGGUGGAUGCUGCAUGAACUGUGACCCCUUUAGAUGCUUCCGCAGAAAAAGGGAGCCAGAAAGCGAAGAAGAACUUAUAACUUGCACUUCAGACGAUAGUACAAGGGAUUCUGACUUGACGGCGUUGUCAGAUUCGUUGGAAUCACUACUACCUCAGCUGCCUCCAAUCGAUCUACCAAGUCGCAUUCGCCUCCCGGGAUUGAGUGCCCCCAGGACUGACCGAUUGCAAGACACUUUGUUUUCCGAAGAGUCAUCUCCAAGCUCCCUACCAGACAUGGUCAAUUAUCAUGAUGAUUCGACUGGCCAGCCUCCAAGGGACAUAGACGUCCUAGGCAAAUUUCAUUCUGUAGCUUCUGCUGCGACGGAAGGCGGUGCCCAGGCUUUGGAUUCUGCGCUCAGCAGCGCUCAAGCAAGAAUAAACCCUCAAAUAAUCGACAAGGCCGCCGGUGUCAAUUGUGAUCCACUCACGGAAGCCAUGCAAGCAAUGGCUGAGGAACCAAGUGAACAACAGGGCUUAGAGGGAAGCUUGGAGAACCCAACCGGCUCUCAUACCAAAAAGGGUAUACCAGAGAAGGGCGGCUUCAUGGGACUGGUGCCGGAUGCUGCUAUAGAAGCUCGAACUAUAGCCUCAAGAAUUACCAUACCAGAGCCAGAAGCUGCCGACGAGAAAAAUGGGAGCAAUGUGGCAUUCACAGUUGAUAUAAAACCACCGUCGCGUCCACUGCCGCUCAACUGGAGGCCCUCACAGGUCAUAGACCGUGUUUGCAGAGGGAUGGAUAUCAUGAUGGAAGUGAGAAUUGGAAUCAAUCAGAUCUUGAGGGACAGACCUGAUUAUGCCGCUGGUUUACCGUAUACAAUUCAGCAGAAGAAAUGGCUGGAAGUGAAGGCAUUGGGUACAAUACUCUCUUUUACAAACCGCAUCACUGAAGAUGGGCGGUUUUGCCAUGAAAAAGAGCCCAUUCGUCUGCUAGUCACUUGCUUCGAAAUCCUUGUGCAGUGUGCAUCGGCAUCUCUGGCUGCUGCUCGGAAGGCCGCUGAGGAAUGCAAGAGCCAGGAAGAAGACGAGGCCAUCCGCCGUCAGUUCCAACGAUGGCUACUUCAGACUUGGGCUGAUGUCUGGGUUUUAGAGGAAGAAACGGCCGCGUACUUGAAUAUGCCUCCUGCCUACAAGCUCCGGAAAAGCACUGCUUGA